ACCAGCUCUAGCUCUACUGCGCCGCGGUCACCCGGUCCCUCGAGCGCAGCGGCGACCUCGCUCCGGUUCCGGGCGUCGGGCGGCUCGAGCGUCGCGCGCCGCCGCGCCGAAGAUGGAGACGACCAUCGGCCUCCUCGGGAACGGCUACGCCAUCGUCUGCGCGGACCAGAACGCCGCGCGGUCCAUCGUGUGCUUCAAAAAGGACGAGGACAAGAUCAUGAAGCUCGACGACUUCAAGCUCCUGGGCCAGAGCGGCGUCGGGGCGGACAACGUCGCCUUCACGGAGUACGUCCAGAAGAACGUCGCGCUUUACAAGAUCAACAACGGGCUGAGCCUGUCGACGAAGGCGACGAACAACUUCAUCCGGGGCGACCUCGCGACGGCGCUGCGCAAGGGGCCCUACCAGACGAACCUCCUGCUGGGCGGGUUCGACAAGGGCGUCGGCGCGUCCCUCUACUACAUCGACUACAUGGCGAGCUCGAACAAGGUCAACUUCGGCUGCCACGGCUACGGCUCCAACUUCGUGCUCUCGAUCCUCGACCGCGAGUGGACCGAGGGCCUCGACGAGGCCGCGGGCCUCGACAUCAUCAACAAGUGCAUCGCCGAGCUCCAGACGCGCUUCCUGAUCCACAUGCCCAAGUUCCUCAUCAAGAUCGUCGACAAGGACGGCAUCCGCGUCCUCGAGCAGAACCCGCCGGUCCUGCUCCAGGGCCAGUAGGUGCCGCGGCGCCCGAAUUUCGAACUCUAAGGGCGCUUUGUCUCGGUUU